UGGGCUGCUCACACACAGACGCAACACACACACCAGCUCUAUCCCUCCCCCAACACCCUGACCUCCGAGCUGUAGCCGAUCCAUCCAUGGAGGCUUCACGCAGGCUCCUCUCGGCGGCGCUGCUCCUCGUGCUGCUGCUCGCCGCCACAGGGGAGCUGGGAGGGCCGGUGAUGGUGGCGGAGGCGCGGACGUGCGAGUCGCGGAGCCACAGGUUCAGGGGGCCCUGCGUGCGCAGGUCCAACUGCGCCAACGUCUGCAAGACCGAGGGCUUCCCCGACGGCAAGUGCCGCGGGUUCCGCCGCCGCUGCUUCUGCACCACCCACUGCCACCAUUAACCAACAGGCCUCUGCUUCGCGUCAUGCAUGCCUAGCUUCGUCCGCCCGUGCACGUACGACGGUGGCUGAACUGCGCCUCUCUCUUCCUGCGUGCGUCCAUGCGUGUCCAUGAAUAAGUCUCAGCUUGUCUCGGCAAGCUUCCCUUCUUCCUUUUUUUUGUAUGUUUGUUACGAGUGUGCACGAGUCGUUGUGUCUCGCUCGGUUCGUUCUCAGAGUUUGCUGUAAGGUUUGCCAAUUAUCACAGUGGAAUCCUUCUUUCGAUCAUGUAAGUUUUUUCUUCUUUGAAAAUUGAAAUCAUGUGUGGUGUACUA